GCGAUCCAGCCGCUGCCACCGCCCGGCUACAACAAGGGCGGCGGCCCCAGGAAGAAGGCCCUCGUCAAGGACGACGCCAAGGACGCCCCCGGGGACACCUCGUCCUUCGUGGACGCCGCCAUGCCGCUCAUCCUGCUCAUGCAGAUCGGCAUCUCCAUGCCGGUGCAGCGGCGCAAAGACGGUACGCUCGUGUCAAGGGUGUGCUCCCCGAUCAUGGUGUACUCGCUGGUCGUGUACGCCCUGUUGUCGGUGCCCGUGUACUACGCGGCCAGCGCCGCGGUGCGCCAGCUGGCCGACAAGAAGAGCACGUUCCACGACCAGAUCUACAACCUGACGCCUCUGCUGCUGCUCAACGCACACCCACUGCUCCCCUUCCUGCACUGGCCAGAGGCUCGGUCCGCCGCCGGCUACUUCAACUCGUGGAUCAAGUUCGAGGGGACUUUCCAGCGCGUCUGCGGACGGCCACUACACCUGCAGCUGCGCGGAUGGGUGGCGCGCUGGACGACGAUGUGCUUCCUGUUCGCCGCCUUCCUGGCCGCCACCAUGCCGCUGUACAUGGGGCUGACGUGGCUGCAGGCCCUGGCCUACCUGCACCUGUACCUGGCCAGCGCCUGCCUCGUCACCGUCUGGCUGCUGAGCUCCGUGGCGCUGUGCCGCGCGGGCGAGGCGCUGCGCGACUCCCUGCACGAGGUGGUGGUGGCGGGCGCGUGCACGGCCGACCUGAUGGCGGACUACCGGCAGGCCUGGCUGGAGCUGUCCGAGCUGGCGCAGGAGUCCGGCCGCGCCUGGACCUACUCGUGCGGCCACCUGCUGCUGUACAUGUUCCUGCUCAUGACGGUCACGUCCUUCGGGGUGCUGGCCGGCAUGGCCCGCCACACGCUCGAGGCCCGCACCAUGGCCUACGGCGCCAUGGCCGCGGCCUCGGCGCUCACGCUCUUCGUCGUCUGCAGCGCCGCCGAGACCGCGGCGGACCGGGUGGCGCAGGUGCUGCGGGAGGACCUGCUGAUGGUGCAGCUGAGCGACGACACCCAGCACUUCAAGAACGAGGUCCAGAUGUUCAUGACGGCGCUCGCCAUGGACCCGCCCAUCGUCAACCUGAGCGGCUACGCCACCGUCAACAGGGCACUGUUCGCGUCGGUGAGUACGAUGGUGACCUACCUGGUGGUGCUGGUGCAGUUCGCCUACUCGCUCGACACUCCCGCGGCCAACGCGACCACCACCACGACGGCACCCUCCACCAUGGUGACGCGACCCGUCAUCACCACGCCGGUGCCGUGAGGCCGCCGACUGCGGUGUGUCGCACACGUUUUCCCUACCAGUUUACAUGAGAUCCUAGGGGACUACGCAGUGGUGCCCUACCCUAAACGGCACCACUGCUUAUACGUACCCCAUUUUCCGUGCAUUUUCAGAAACAAUAACGGUGUUUUGUAGUGCACUCGUCUUUGAUUGGCGUGAAGUUUAUGUAUGAAAUAAAUGUGGAAGGAGUUGCUCUCAAGUAGUGCUGUUGAAAUAAAGAACAUGUUGGCGUA